AUGUCUGAUUCCAGCCAAGACAGCCAAGACAGCCAAAGCAGCGCCCCACAGCAGCAACUUCGUGGCGUCGUCCGACCUGCCUCGCCCACUCAAGACCGCUCACCAAAUGAGAUUGUGCGCCCUCGCUUGGAGGAGUCAGCAACACGCGAAGCAGUUCGAGCCGCAGACCAGUUGCAGCCAGCCGAGCAGCCAGACGAGCAGCCAGCCAACGAGCGAGCCAACGCGCCAGCCAACGAGCGAGCCAACGCGCCAGUCAACGAGCCAGCCAGGCAAGGUGGCCAGCAAGCCAAUCAGCCGCCCAACGAGGUGACCGACGAGCGAGCAGAACUCCGAGCAGAGAUCGCUCGAUUGAACGUUCGUAUUGAGCAGAACGAAACUCAACUCCGACACUACGAGCAAGAUGCUGCAGCCGCCCGUGUCGCAGGUCGCGAGCAACUGGCUCUGCAUUAUGAAACUCGCGCAGACGACGCCAUGGCAGUCAUCCGCAGCACAAGCGCGGCACACGCGGCGGCGCAACAACGUCUGUUGGCCAUCACCCCAGCCCCAGCCCCAGCCCCAGCCCCAGCCCCAGCUUCAGCCUCAGCCCCAGUCCCAGCAGCCCCGAUUCAAUUGCCUGAUGACAACUCGCUUGUCAAAUUUUGGCGAGCCCUUCAAGACGACCAAGUGACCGAGCGGGUCUUUCGAUUGGAUCCUGUCACCAACCAGAUGGUCGAGGUGAAUCGUGACCCAGACCAGCCGCUUCAACCCAAUGAAACGAGGUUCUUGACGCUGCCUGACGGGGUGUUCUGGCUUGGGAACUACAAGCUGGGAUCAGUCCUUAUGGUCCGCAGCUGCUAUUAUGGACUUUUCGACGCAAUCAUCAACUCACUUGCGAAUGCUGAGCAUAAAAACAGCUGGAUCGUUACCGGCAAUCCAGGCAUCGGCAAGACCUUCUUUUCGGCAUACUUUGUGUAUCGCUUGUUCCAGCAACACCCUCAGCUGACUGUGGUUUACGAGCCUGCUCAGCCCGGAUCGGAUAUUCGAUACCGGCUGCAGCCGAACCUAACCGUCCACACAGGCAGCAUUCCGCUGCAGUCCUUUUCCGACCAGCUUUCGAAUCUGGAUCCCAGGACCUGGUACCUUGUCGAUGGCCAUCCCGCUGGCAUCUACAAUGCUUACACCCUGCUCGUUACAUCACCACGCAAGGACAUUUUGAAGGAACUUCAAAAAGACUCCAACCCCAAGAUGUUCAUGCCAGUGUGGUCGUGGGACGAGCUUCUUGCAUGUAUCCGCCAGAGGAAUGCAACUCAAGCGCGACUGCAAGCUGCCGAGGAGCGGUUUUAUCGUUGGGGUGGCAUCGCGCGUCACGUGCUCGAUGGUGGUUUGACUCUGCCUCAGUCCGAAAUACUUUUGAACCUGGCGCUUAAUGCAUGCAAUGUCAAGACUGUUCGCAAUUCCGUGGGUCAGAUUGCUGGUGAGCAAGAUAUUUCACACCGAGUCCUUCACAUCAAGGUAUUACCGGACAGUUUCGAAGCCAGCGGCCUAAUUUUCGCGUCUAACUGGGUGGUCGACAAAUUUGUGACUCGUGCGCUAAGAGAGGAACGCCAGAAGCUCCUCGCCUUUCUACGUAGGUCUGCCUGGCAUCCAGAGCAUGCCGCGAACCGCGGACUUAUCUUUGAGAAUUAUGUUCAUCAAACGAUCAUUCAGGGCGGCAGAUUCCGAGUACGUGACUUGUCCAACGCCCAAGCGCCUGUGUCCAUUCUGACCAUUCCGCCGCUCACCCACGUCUCCUUCAACCACCUUGGCGCCGUUGAUCUCGGUGACCAGAGCCGCUACUUUCAGCCGCUCGCCAGCAAUCAUCCGGCCAUCGACGCCAUCAUCUCGCCCAACAAGUUUUUGCAGAUGACCGUCAGUCAAGACCAUCCUGUCAAAGCGCAACGAUUGAGCGAGGCCAUUCAACGUAUGCCAGCUGAUCGCGUUCCCCAACUGUACUUUGUGGUGCCCUCUGAACUUUUCGAUACUUUUCGGCCGCAGCCCUACCACACUAUCGAUGCUCACGUGUUUCAGGAUAGACAGGCAAUACCUGCAAAUGUCCAGCGCGUUCAGCAAUUUGCUUUGUGUAUUUCGUUCACGCGCAGGAUCCCCCCAACCCCUGCAACCCGCUGAUCCCACCAGUUUGGCAUUGUUUCUGUCGUAUUAAAUAAAGCGAGUUCAAAGAGA